CGUCACGGUGUCACCUUGAAUUGUGUUCUGAAUGACUGAAUCUGAAUGAGGCUGUUCUCUUUGACUGGGAGGCUCAGUGUUAGUUCCUAUCAGAAGCUAAAGGCUCGGUUCGGGUUCGUCCAUGCCGUGAGGCUCGGCGUCCGUCUCCUACUGGGUUUAAAAUGGGAGUAGUCCUGCGGAACCUGCAGAAGGUGGUUCCUCUCCGCCGCGCCAGGCUGCGCAGGGACGUGGACACGCUGAGACACAUCCUGGGCAUCCAGAAGUUCGACCUGGGCAUCAUCUGCGUGGACAACCGCAGGAUUCAGCAGAUCAACAAUCUUUACAGGAAGAAAAACGCGCCGACAGACGUCCUGUCCUUCCCUUUUUAUGAGGACCUGAGGCCCGGUAAGCUGCCGUGUCCGCUGCACAGAGAUGAGCUGAACCUGGGAGACGUCUUCCUGGGGGUCGAGUUCGUGAUGAAUCAGUGCCAAAAAGAAUCACUAGACCUUCACGGUGCUCUUACUGCCGUCACUGCACACGGUAUCUGCCACCUGCUGGGCUACCGACACGAGACGGAGGAGGAAUGGGCCGAGAUGCUGCAGAGGGAGCGAUACAUCCUGAGCGAAUACAACAGACUGACCGGCCGCCAUCUUGAGCCGCUCAUGAAGGCGUUCAGCCCAGAAACGUGACGGCUGCGGAUCGGCGCCGCGGAUCGGCGCCACGCUAAAUGUUUUGCACCAAUUCAACCACUGCUGAUGUUUGAUGGUUUUAUGUAAAAACUGCUGGAAGGACAUUUACAGCAGAACAAAAACUGAAACAGUUAUUUAAAAAAGAACUAAUCCAGUUUGUGUUUUGACUAUAAUUUUAUUAAAAUCUGCUUUCAGGAAGAAUCAGUCGAGUAUGAAGGGUAGAAAAAGCUUCUCACUCUCACUGCAUAAAUACAUCUCAGCCUCUCGACGCCGCAGGGUUUCACUCAGACGGCAGGAAGUCCGGCUGGACUUCAUCUCUGCCCAAACUGACAAUAUUAAAAAAAAUCAUCUGAUCGGGUAAAUUAUGACCGUUUCAUUUUACAGUGGAUUAAAAACUAUAAGCAAGGAUUCUCCUCUAGAUCGGGUCGAUAAAUACUGAAGAAACGGGAACAGUUUCUUCUGGGCCGCUACGCUGCAAACACCAGAACCAUCUGCUAGCUUUAUACAAACAAAGGUCCAAACAUCCAGAACCAAACAAAGCUGUCAAGAUAAAACUCAUAAACACAUUUAGAAAAGUUCUUUUAGGAGGCACAAGUUCAAAACCCAAUAAUGCCGAGUCCAACUCAGAAGCUCAGUAACUAACAGACAGAACCGAACACAAAGCAGCACAAAAGCAACGGAAAGCAUCCGACCAGAACCGAGCCAGAACCUACGUAUUGCACCAAACGGACCCGCUAAACACAGCAAGCCUCUAGCUCUGCCACAGAUUUACUCCAACAUAGAAUUUCUUUAUUUAGUAGAGAACUAAAGGAUCUGCAAACAUAGAACCAGAACCAGCAGCGUCUGCUGAAACCCGGACAAAAAAAACAACAAAAAA